GUUGCUAAGAAGCGAGAGCAGAGGUGGAAGAAAACCGGAGUUGCUGGGCAGAAUUGAAGACUUCCUAAUUUUCCUGCAGGCCCUAUACAGUUUCUGACCAUAACACGGUAUCUGUAGAUAUCGGCAGAUCUACUGCUAAUUCGUCAAGAUGGACGGUGCUGGAACUGCUGUCCUCCAGUUGCCCGGGGAAAAUGAGGAUACGAAAGAAAACUUGGAUCCACCAUUCCCAGGGACCCCUAUUUCAGACCCCAGCCAUGGUGCACAUCCUGCCACACCACAGCAGGAGGACAGAGAGGAUUUAACGUUACACAGUGGUGAUCAACCAAUGGUAGACAGUGAAACAAGGCAAGAAGACGAGCAGACAAGAGGUCGGCGCGGGGGAUGGACGAAAGGGCGCAAGAGGAAAAGGAGUCCAAGAGACAACAAUGCACCAAAAGCUCCACUGACUGGUUAUGUUCGCUUCAUGAACGAGAGGCGGGAGCAGCUUAGGGUGGAAAGACCAGAUGUUCCAUUCCCAGAGAUUACCAGAAUCGUAGGCAGUGAGUGGAGCAAGUUACCUGCCCAUGAGAAGCAGCACUACCUGGAUGAAGCUGAAAAAGACAAGGAGCGAUAUACAAAGGAAUUGCAACAGUACCAGAAGACCGAAGCAUUUCGUACAUACAGCCGCAAGUCACAGAGCCGUCAGAAGGGUAGACAGCAAAGACAAGAAGCAGCGCGAACAAUCAGCAGUGUUCCAGAGAAAGAGUCUGUGCUCAAAGAGAGACCAAUUUUUGAUAUACCAAUCUUCACCGAGGAAUUCUUGAAUCACAGUAAAGCACGUGAAGCAGAAUUGAGGCAGCUGCGGAAAUCCAACAUGGAAUUUGAGGAGCGUAAUGCUGCUCUCCAGAAACACGUAGAAAGUAUGAGAUCUGCCGUUCAGAGACUAGAAUCUGAGCUUAGCCAGGAGCAAGGGAGAAAUACACUGUUGCAGCAGCAUCUCCAGAAUGUUCGCCAGGCUCUGACACACUGUCUGCGGGCUGUCCCCAUUCCAGGUACUUCUGAAACACCAACACUGGAGACAAUUGACUCUUACAUGAGCCGUCUACAGGCUGCCAUUCUAACACACCCAAAAGAGAGUGAAGCUCUUAUUACUGGUGUUCGAGAAGUGCUAGGCCAGCUGGAAGGGUGAAGAAUGACCUCCCAUCCACGUGGAUUUUCCAUCCUUAGACUUUGAGAAUUACAGUUCUUUGCAGUACAUCCACCCACAGUAACAGUGUGGUUAAGGGACCAUAUUGUACAUAAAAAUAACCUUCCUGCAUUUUCCUCCAUGUGUGUCUUGCUGCACAGGUUUUAGCAGCAGUGCAUGUACACUGUCUCAAUAAAUGUGUUGUAUUUACUGUUGCAUGAGCUUACUACAAGUGAACCAGUUUUUAGCAUUGCACUUUUAUAAGACCUUAUGUAAAGCAAAUUAUGUACUGUUUACAUAAAGUAAAAGCUAAUAUUCCAUGUA